AAGCCUCGAAGAUUGUUAAAUUAUCAAUACAAAGUCAUGUCUAGCGCAAAAGAUUUUAAAGAAGUGUUCAAGAAGAUGGAUCAGUUUAACAAUGAUGAUAUCUCAUGGGAAGAAUUAAAUUUCCAUGGCAUACGCAACCGUUCUCCCCCUAUGACGAUGUCUCAAGUUGAUGAUAUAUUUGGAGAGCUUGGAACUGAUGGUGAAGACCGAGUUUUCGGAGCUUCCAGAGAUUUGGUUAAUCAACUUCAUCGUUCAUCUCUUCCGGUUAAACAUGAAGACGUGGCUAAUAAGGAGCUGAAUAAAGAGGUUAGUAUACUAAAAGUGGAUGAUAACGCUAAAAACAUAGAGAAUCAGCUUGAAACGCCAAAAGUUCCUCUUGUUGAAAAGAAGAACUUCAAAGAUUUGGUUGAAGACUGGGUUGUAGUAGAAAAGAACAAUAUCGACGCUUAGUUUUUUUUAUUAGGUUUAGUAUUUUGACUCGGUUUAAUAUUUUGUUUUGGAAUUUCGAUAAGAACUUUGUAUGAAAAAAUAUUCUUUCAGGA